AUGAAGGAGCCAAGCAGGAUUGGUGACCGUUCAACCAGUGAUGUUGUUGUCCGACUCCGAACACAGGAAGGCCGAGAUGAUUGGUUUUAUUGUCAUUCUCCUAUCUUGGUAGAAAAGAGCAAAUAUUUUGCCGACCGCCUUUCUGAGAACUGGCCUACAUGCCAGAUCCUUGACUCACGGAACUGUGUGGAAGUGUACUGCCAAGAAUCACAAUUUGAUCACCAUGUCAACUUUCUACGACUUCUCUAUGUUGUUAUACAUGGUUCAUUGGAAGACAUAUGGCAUGGUGUGAAGAAUGCCCUUGGCAUUCUGCGUGUGGCUGUGGAACUUGGGUGCCCACAAAUUGUUGCUGCUUGUGUGAACUACUUGGAAGCAAUGCCUUGGGAAGAAGCUGAGGAGGAGGAAAUCCUAAAAAUCAUACCAGGCAUGGGACUGAAAGCACAACCAAUUCUUGCCCGUGUCCAACCAGUCAAUCCAUUGGCUGUACUGAAGAUUUUUAUGUCAGCUAUUAAAUUUGCCACGUCAUCACCUCCGUCGCCCAUGAAUGAUCUUAAAAUUUCUACACAAGAGCAGCUCGAGUACAUGCUGACUGAAGAUGAUGAUGCCCCUCUAUUAACAGCUGAUGAGGAGGUCAAACUUGAAGUAAAAGAAUGUGUGAAGGGACUGUUCACCAGAUUUAACAAUAUGUUAGAAGCUUUGUUAUGUGAGCCUGUGGAAUCAGCUUAUGAAAAAUGGAAAAUGCUAUCUUUUCAAUCAUAUCUAUCAGAUUUAUCAUGGGCUUGUCAGAUAUUAAAUAAGUUGGAGAUCAUGAAGGAAUUUGUCAAUAGCUGGGUAGGUGCAUCAGAUAAGAUGGUUUUGGUUGUUGAGCAAGCUAGUUCAGUAGCUGAAAUUGUUGAGACAAAGUUGAAGGUUGUAGAGGUAGCAGCAAAGGUUUUGGAAGCAAUAGGAUAUGGCAAUGUUAUUCUGCCUGCUGCAAAACGGCUUCACAUGGUGAAGGUUUGGCUUCCAUUUGUGAGGGUGACCAAACCAUUAAUUGAUUCUGCCACAACUAAUGGCGAUGAUGCUCCAGAACUGAAGAUUGAUGGUGAGCUGUGGCAGUCCUUAGAAUCCACAUUUGUUUCUAUGGUUCUCGCAUUGCCAUCAGAAGACCAGGCAGAGAUUUUGACAGAAUGGUUAGGAAAUGAGCAUUUUCACUAUCCAGACUUCACCGAGGCAUUUGAGGUGUGGUGUUACAGGUCCAAGGUUGCAAGGAGAAGGUUAGCAGACAUACUGGGCAACCACGGCAUGGCCGAUAAUACACUUUGA